UCGGACGGGAAUUUCGGCCCGCAUUGCCCUUUUGUGCGUUGACCACGAUCCCGCACUACUUUCUAAUGGUUCGAUUUAAAAAUCGGUGGUUCCUAGUCGAAUUCAUACCCAUUCCCUCCGAUGCAAAGAUACUUUCCAUUCCUCCUAUUCCUCAUUCAGGUUCAAGCACACCUACCCGACUGAACUUGGACAGCAAACAAAUCUACUCCGCACUCAAGCAGAGUGUUAUCUCGAACUAUGGGGAUGUCGGAUGGGGUGCGGUCGGGCUGAGUUUGUCUGUCAAAUAUUUCUCCCCCACAACUAGCAUCUGCAUCAUCCGAGUUGGGCGGGACCAACACAAUAUUGUUUGGGGCGCUCUCACGCUGCUCAACGGUCUAGAGGGCAUAAAGUUCAUUCCUAAUGUUGUGCAUGUUUCGGGCACAAUCAAACAUGCCCAACUAGCUGCGAUCGCACAUAAUAGGACGGUGAUAGCUAAGUAUCGGGCAAUGGCAGGUGCUCCUGUUGCCUACCAGGAUUCCUACGAUUCUUACGACACCUACCUCGAGUCGAGCAAUAGGGACAUUCAAGCGCUGCAGGAUUGAUAGGUAGAAUUGCAUGGGCGUAAAUGUUGGGUGAAUCAAAUUACACAAAUCAAGUCAAUUGUAUCUCUUCACAAAUGCAACUCUUUCUCUAUUGCCGUUGACUACAAGAUCUCUGUCUUCUUUCUCUUACAAAAUGCACAUCAACCCUCCAUCAAUGUAUUCGUUCACUCCCACAUAUGAACUCCCGGCUUGUUCAACUCCCCCACCUGCUUCCAAGCGUCUCUUCCAGUAAUUUCCGUCCACCAGCGCGCCACAUUUG